CGGGCCCCGCCGCCCCGGCCGGCUCGCCAAACCGCGGCGAAGGCAGCGCACCGCUCCGGGCACGGGGGCCGGCGGCUCGCCGAGCCUCGGUCCGCGCAGGCAGUCUGCCGGCCUGCCCCGGGAGGAGGGCCCGCCGAGGGGAGGCGGCCAAGCGGCAGCGGCAGCAACGGAGGAGCCGGCGGCGUGCGCAGCCCAGCGUGGCUGUACGACCACGCUCCUUCCCCGCUGCGCUUGCCGGCUGUCGCCCACCUCCCUGUCAGUGUUACCGCCCCCGGCCCGCGAGCAACAUGAGAGUAGUGGCUUUGAUCAGUGGUGGGAAGGACAGUUGCUAUAAUAUGAUGCAGUGUGUUGCUGCUGGGCAUCAGAUUGUUGCUCUAGCCAAUUUAAGACCUGCUGAAAAUACAGGGCAGACUGAUGAAUUGGACAGCUAUAUGUAUCAGACAGUAGGACACCAUGCCAUUGACCUAUAUGCUGAUGCAUUGGAUUUGCCGCUCUAUCGUGGUUUUAUUAAAGGUACCAGUGUAAAUACUGGAAGAGUGUAUACUGCAUGCCAGGAAGAUGAGGUUGAAGACCUUUACCAGCUCAUGAAACUUGUUAAGGAGAAGGAAGGAGUAGAGGGUGUAUCUGUGGGGGCCAUUCUUUCUGACUACCAGAGAGUUCGAGUGGAAGAUGUGUGCAGAAGGCUUAAUCUUCAGCCUUUAGCUUACCUCUGGCGUAGCAACCAGGAAAUACUGCUUAAAGAAAUGAUAUCAUCUAACAUUCAAGCCAUAAUCAUAAAAGUAGCAGCUUUUGGUCUAGAUCCAGAUAAGCAUCUAGGAAAAACUCUAGGUGAAAUGGAGCCUAUUCUUUUGGAGCUCUCUGAGAAAUACGGAGUCCAUGUCUGCGGAGAAGGAGGAGAAUAUGAAACAUUCACUCUGGACUGCCCCCUGUUUAAGAAGAAAAUAGUUGUAGAUUCAGCAAAGGUGAUCAUGCAUUCGGCAGAUGCAUUUGCACCUGUGGCCUACCUUCAUUUUUUAGAACUACAUCUGGAGAAUAAGGAAGAAUCCUUGGGUACUUGUGUGGUCAGUAGGUGUUCUUGUGAGAUAAACUGCAUGGAUGAUGAUAUUUUCCUUUCAUCAGAUGAGUGUGAACCACAGAAAAAUAUUCCUGUCAUCUGGAAGGCUUUGAAACAUAACUCUUUGGAUUUCACUAAGAAAUUUCAAAAUUCAGGAAAAUCCCUGAGUGGUUACCAGUGGUUUUCAAGUAUCACUGCCCACUUCCUUCCAUCAAAGGAUAAAAAUGCUGAAGAUGCAGCACGGGAAGCAUUUUCAUCUCUCAGAGCUAAUUUGACUUCAGAGGGAUUGAAACUGAAGGAUAUUAUUUUGGUUCAUCUAUAUAUGAAGAGCAUGAAAGAUUUCAGUAUUAUAAACUCAGUUUAUGUGACAGAAUUUGAUUUGUGUCCACCAGCAAGAGUAUGUGUGGAAACACUGUUACCUGAUGGAGUGCUGUUUUGCAUUGACUGCCUUGCACAUAAGGAUGACAAGGCAGCAGAUGAUGUAGUACAUGAUGAAAAGCUGGUCAUGCACGUACAGAGCAUUUCCCACUGGGCACCUGCCAGCAUAGGACCUUACAGUCAGUCCAUCAAGGUUGGCGGGGUCGCGUUCUGCGCGGGACAGAUCGCCCUGGUGCCCUGCACGCUGCAGCUCAUCGGCGGCGGGGUUCUCGCAGAGGCCAGCCUUUCCCUCCGGCACGUUGGGCGAGUUCUGCAGGCCACGAGCCAGGGGGCUGCUCUCCACCACGUCAUCUCUGCCAGCUGCUACGUGACCGACAGCAAGAGCAUCCCUGUUGCUCGCUCCAUAUGGCAGAAGAAGUUGAGAGAAUGCAGAAAGGUUGAAGAUUCAGAGAUGUGUAAUGAUGAAACUGCAGUAUGUGGGUUGCUUGCUGUGGUUGUAGUAUCUCACCUACCCAGGGAUGCUGCCAUUGAAUGGCAUGUUGUUGCAGUAGUUGAUGAUCCACUCCAGAGAAAACAUUUUGCAAUGAAGAUGUUGUCAGAGGGCUUCCAAAUUGAGUGUGAAUCUGUGGAGUCUAGUUCUGCAACUUGUGCAUCAAUCUCUGUACACCUGAGCUUGGUUUCAUCAUCCACUUCUCACCUUGAUUUGGAUGGAGCUCUUCAUGACUUAGUUGUGUUUAAACAAGCUGUCGACAAACUUUCAGAAGACUGCAGUGUCAGUCCUUUGUCCUUUAGAGCUUUCUUCAAGGCGCAUGUCUUUGAUGCUGAAACACUACAAAAAGGACUGCAAGAACACCUUGAAAAAUAUUUGGAAGAGAAGACCCCAGCUCUGAUUUUAGUACCUGUGGUGGAUUUACCCGACAAAGAUGUUAUUCAUAUAACAUGCUGGCUAAGCUAGCCAUUUAAAGGGAUGAGUUGAUAUCAAAACACACAUACAUUCCAUCCAGGAGAGAACAAAGAAAAGAGUUGAUACUAAUUCCAUUGGAUACUUUAAUGAAGCAAUAUUGUUCGAUUUAAGCAAAGUUGUAUUACCUUGUUAAUGAUGCCUCAUGAUCUGUAAUAGGUUUGUAUGAAGAAUAAAGUUUUUUUUUAAAAUAA